AUUGCGCCUAACGUUUGACUACCACCAAUGCCUCAGUCCAGCUCCAAAUAUGGCAGCUUAAGUGUGAUUGAUACAGUUAUGGUAAGCAAGUGUAUAGCGAAGCGCCUUUCCCCGUUCUCUCACCUCGAUGUGGCGCUUCUAUCGCGUGUUCAGCUUUACCGAGGUCCUACUAGGCAUUGCCAGACAACUCGAGCAGAAAACAGCAAUUCCCCAGAUAUGUUGCUCCGGGGCAGAGCACUCGGCGUCUUACCUGCACUUUUUUGUUAGGGUAUACCGGCAAGCGCUUGGUCUCUAUCGAUCACACUUCCUUAGGGCUGUAUAUAACUGCAAUUGUGGGUUCCAGAAUUUCGGCCCCCAAAACUGGCAGGGGUCAAUGUUGUGCCACGCGCUUGACCGCAGCCUAAUCUCGCAUCGCCUAGACUCAGCAUAUAUUUCCAUCAACGAAGCCAUCUAUAACGGUGUCAAUUUUCCAUUUGGAAUUCUCCUGUCCAGAUGGCCAAUCGCAUUCUGAGUCCCGCCACAAACUUCGUAGCAGCUUUCAGACAUACACGUAUCGCUUAUCGUCAAACAAAUGGAGCAGACACGACGGAGCUUGCGCAAUUGACUGCUGAAAGUAACAACGACCGCUCGACCAAGGAUUCAAGCUAUCCCUCAGCCCCGCCCUCCAAACGUACCGUACCGGGCGGCUUUGGAAAGCCAACCUGGACUCAUCACUAUAAGUCACAGUUCACUGGAUGGAGAUUUGGCGCCUUACAUUUCGCAGCGUGGGCUGCUAUCGUCUUCUUGAUCAACAUGACCGUAACCAUCUGGGGCUCGACCAUAUACAAGAAGACAGCGGGUAGUUUGAGCGAAGGGGACUGCGGACACAUUAAGACCCUCAACCGUGGAAUCCACAUACUCAUAAACAUCUUGAGCACUAUACUUCUUAGCGGUAGCAACUACUGCAUGCAAUGCCUAUCGGCUCCUACUAGAGCAGACAUUGAUAAAGCUCACGCGGCACGAACUUGGCUCGAUGUUGGUGUUCCGAGCAUUCGAAAUCUGAAGCACAUCAGCCGACGCAGAUUAUGGAUGUGGGUUCUGCUAGGGUCUAGUUCUGUACCUCUGCAUCUCUUUUACAAUUCGGCUGUGUACGCGUCCGUAUCCACAAACAGUUACAAAGUGUACCUGGUUAGUGAGGCCUUCUUGGAUGAUCCAGAAUGUCGAAACUGUACCGAUAAGUCUGACUGGCAAUCGUACUACACGUCCUCGCCGCCCUCUGGAUAUUUUGACCCACUGAUAACAUUAUGGAGCCAGUCAAAGAAUGGCUCACUGAAUAGGCUGGAACCUGCUGAAUGCCUGGCUGAGUAUGCAACCGCACUUCAGUCUGAUAGACGCAACGUUCUGCUUGUGAUGGACAACGCGCAAGCCAGCACGAGCCCUUACAACCGGAGCCUGACCUUACUCAACAACACCAAUGUAUAUUGGGCCAGUGGCUUUUCGGCAAGUUACGGGACAGAUCCAGACGACGCUCCCGAAUCCUAUAGCUGGAUUUGUUCAGGCGUUGGGUAUGACCCAAAAUCACCAUGUGCGAACAGAGUCCAAGAUAUCAAGAAUGCACCUCAGACAUGGGAAGUGGGUAACAUCUGUCCCGCGUACCGCAUGAAUCUUUGUGGCCAAUCCCGGUGGCCGGUCAAAUACUGCCUCAGUGAGCCAGCCAUCCCACGUUGCAGGCUUCAUUUCAGCCCGGUGAUUGCAACAAUUGUUACCGUUCUCAACCUCUUCAAAGCUGUGCUCAUGUGGUUUGUGAUUUAUUCCACGAAAGACGACCCACUUCUGACCAUGGGCGAUGCGGUCGCAUCUUUUCUCGAUGAGAAUGAUCCGGCGACCACCAACCUGAGUUUACUUAGCUUGCAAGACUGUAGCACAGACUACGACGCGGGUGCAAAGCCAUGGCACGAUCAACGCUGGCGGUGGAAAGAUACUACAAGCAAGAAGCGCCGCGCAACCACUAUUGGCUUAUUCGCGACAGCAUUGAUCAUCAUCAUGAUCCUUCUCAUUUGGGGAAGCAAAGCAAUCGGCAACUACGCGUCAAUCAGCUCAACCGCCAUAUUCAGCCUUGGUUUUGGUGCCGUCGAUACACGUGCUCUGAUCAAGGGGGGAGAUGGUUUCCCGACCGACAUGAUUGGCCUUGUGCUGAUAGCCAACCUUCCCCAGGUUAUCUUGUCAUUCCUGUAUUUCGCUUACAAUGGCAUGUUCACCGCCAUGCUAUUGGGUUAUGAAUGGACGUCCUACGCACACAAGCGGAAAGGUCUCCGCGUCUCGCGCACACCCUCUGGCUUGCAAAGAUCGACCUACUUCCUCCAAUUGCCAUAUCGCUUUGGGGUUCCGCUCGUUGUGUUGAGUGGUACGUUGCAUUGGUUAGUCUCACAGAGCAUCUUUGUGGUGGCUAUGGAUGAGUACAAUCGGUAUGGACUCUACCAAAGUGCAACGAAUAUGUGCGGUUACUCGCCAAUUGCCAUGCUAGUGGUCAUUAUACUGGGUGUUUUCAUGGUUGCAGCAGUCGUUAGCUUCGGGUACAUACCAUACAAAACCGGCAUGCCUCUCGCAGGAAGUUGUAGUCUAGCUAUAAGUGCAGCUUGUCACCCUGCGCAGUAUCCUGAAGCUAAAGAUGGUGCGUUGUCUGAGCAAAAGGUGCAGUGGGGUGUUGUCAGUACUGGUGUGGACGGCAUCGGGCAUUGCGCCUUCUCGAGCAACGAAGUUGAACCGCUGGUGGAUGGACGCAUGUACGCUUAAGAGAGGAUCAUCUACCCUGGUGGCGAAAAGAGCGAUGAUGAUUGAAAAUUCUAGGUGGUAUCCAGCCGACUUUUGACAAGCAGAAACAAUCUCCCUUCAAACAACAAGCGAGCGUAAAACAUAGCAAGCCAUCCUUCGUAUAC